AUGCCCAAGAUAAAGCAGCGACCGCCGGCUGCGCGGCCGCCCACCGUGAAGCAUGUCCACUUCGCAGACAAGGUCCAUGUCCAAGGUGGUGGUGGUGGUGAAGAUGGACAUGGCGGUGCAGCGAAGGGCGACGGAGGGAACAGUUUCCUUGCGUCCCUGCUAGCGGAUGCCGCAACGGCACAGCGGCGACAGACAUCUGGGUCAGGCGAGGAAGAGGAAGAGGAAGACGAGAAGGGAGAGGUGGACGGCGGCGGCGGUGGCGGCGGCGGUGGCAACAACUUGUUCAGCAGCGGCACCACGGGCUCCAACGACAAGAAGAAGAAGAACGAAGGGCGGACAGGAAGUCGAGGCGGUGGUGGUGGCAGCGGCGGCGUUGUCGGUGGGGUCGACUUGGCGGACCUGCUUCGCAGGGUUACUGGCGACGCGGAAGGAGGAGCCGCCGGCAGCGGAGGCGACGGCGACGGGAAGGCGAAGUACGACCGCGCUGACCGGCGGAAGGGAGAUCUGCACGGAGGAGAGAGGCAUCUGGACGGCAAGAGAGUGUCUGAAGCCGCUAUGGCUGCCGUUGCGGAACAAGAUGAUGACGACGACGACGACGGUGACGACUCCGUCGAAUCUGAUGACGAUGGUGAGGAUGCGGAUGCGGAUGUGGGGCCGGACCUCGACGAUGAUCGUGAUCAGCGUGGUGCGGACAAUCCGUACGACGCCGACGAUGAAGACGGCCGUCUCGGCGGCGGCGGCGGCGGCGGCGGCAACACUGCUGCGGAGCUCGCAGCCGAUACCGCAGCCGCGGCGCGCGCUGCCGCCGCCGCCGUGGGGAGCCGUGGACGCCGCGGCGGCGGUACUGGCACGGGCGGCGGGGCCCGCGGCGGUCGGCGCAAGCUGUUUAGCAGGAGGAAACGUUGGCCGAGUCUUUACCACAAGUUCCUGGCCCGAUCUUGUCGUCAACUUGGGCUCCCCGCUGACGGGCAGCGCCCCAUCAGGAUGUUCUUACGGCCUGGGGAGCAGCAACUGCCCUUUGCAGAGGUCAACCGGUGGAGAGCCGGGGAGUUGUGGGAUGCCAGGCUUGCGGCGACAAGCUACCUGGCCGCCUUGGAGGACGAGCAAAUAAGACACGCGCGGCUAGUGAAGAAGCGGCGGCCCAACCCCCUCGCCACCUGGAUAGAUCUGGACGAUGACCUGGACACGGAGAUUAGGUUGAGCAGAGCACUCACAGCAGGCGCGCCGCUGCCGCCACCGCCGCUGCCAGCGGUGGCGGCGACCGCCGGCACCGCCUUAAGCGCAGCGGCGGCGACGGCUGCGCUGCCGCCAGGCCGUACGGCACAACUUAACGGCGACGGUGAUCUCUGGCGCAGUGCAGCAGAUCCCGUUGGAGCCGUCACGGCCGGGGGCUGGUGCUGGCCGUACGGCAGUACGGCAAUGCGGCUUAGAAACUCCUCACAGCCAAGAGAUGUCGAUGGGUGUGUGGAAGCGAGUUUGCAGUACGGCUUCUGCAUCCGACGACACCAGCAGCAGCAACAACAGCAGGAGGAGGAGGGCCGGCCGCCGGUGAGAGUACGGAAGGUGGACGAGCUACUGGCGGCUCCGGAUCCGGAAUGCGACGACGGCGUGGAUCCAGCCGAUGAUAUUCGGUUGGAGCCCGCCAUGACGGCAUUCUUUGACGAGUACUUCUGGGAGCAUGUCCGUACUGUACGGAAGCAGUACGAUUACAUCGUACGCGACGGGCCUGGACCAUCCGACCCUACACGUGCUGGUGGCGCCCAGAUGGGUGCGCCGCAGCAGCUGACGCGGCGGCAGCAGCGGUUGUUCGCACAUCGGGAGUACACGCUCCGUUGCGCACACCCCGGCUGCGGCGCCCUGAAGCUCAUCCACCUGCCGGCCACCGUCCCCCGACACCUAACUCCCGAACAGCUGGCCGCCUCGGGGCUGAGGGUGUGGGUGGUGCGACCCACGGGUCGGCGAGGCGGGGAACACACCCAUGCGGCACCCGGUGGUGGCGGGGUGCUGUGGCAGUCCGGGAGGCCGCUGUGUGAGCUGCAUCGACUGGUACCCCCCGGGAUACCAGAUGACGUACCGCUGGCGGCGUCACUCCCAUUGCCGCUACCGGCCCUGAAAUGCCCGGAAUUGGGAGCCCCGCCACAGCAGCAGGAGCAGUUCGCGAGCGCAGCUGGCGGCGGCGGCGGCGGCGGUGGGGACCCCUCAGCGACAGCGGCAGCGGCGGGGACGUCGUCGUGUCUGCUGCCACCCAGUCAGCGGGCGGCGGCGGCUAUGUGGCUGUUGGAGCCUCCCCCCCCGCCCGUGUGGACAUGCAGGGGGCUGGUGUGGAGGAGGGCUCGGCAGCGGGGGGGAAGCUGUUGUCUCGUCCGCUGUGGAGCCACCAACCCCGCGGCCACCUCCCCUUCCUCAGCAGCAGACACAGCCGCAGUCUCAGCACUCCGCGGCCACCCCCCCUCCUCCUCCUCCUCCUCCUCCUCGUCGUGGUGCGCGGCCUGCGGCGCCCGACGGCCCGACGGCCCCCGGGGCUGGCUGCGGCAGCUCGUGGAGGCGGCUCUGGACAGCCUGGGCCCGAGCAGCGCCACACUGCGACAGGUGGUUGGUCGUCGGGAAGUGGCCGCCGACGCGUACGUGGUGCUAAUGCAACGAGCCGCCCGGGCCUUACUGGAGACCCACCUGCCGCCGCUGCCGUACCAGCCGCCGCCGCCGCCGUCGGCGGCGAGCUGCACGGCGGCGGUGGCGGAAGCCACCGGUGACCCGGCCGCCGCGCCGUCGGCGUCAGGUCCGCUGAUGGCGGCAGUGAUUAGCUCUGGAGCCUGGGCCUGGCCGGGACUGAAUAUGCUGAAGCUUUACGGUGGGGGCGGCGGCGCCGCCGCCGCCGUCGCUGGCGGCGGCGGCGGUGACGGCGGCAGCUUCAUCCGCAGGCUUCCGAAGAAGAUAAUGUUCGCAGGGAGAUGCUUGCUUCCGCCGCCGGACGCGGCGGCGAUGGUGAUGGCGGAGGGCGAGUACCGGAAUCUGCAGCGGGCGGCGGGUGUCUGGGGGGUGGCUGGCGGCAGUGGCGGCGGUGGCGGCGGCAACGGGCCGCGAGUUUGGGAUGUCGAGCAGCUCGGCGACUGGCACAUGCCGCUAGCCUUUCGGCACCUGCAGCGCGCGGCGGCGGCGGUCGCAAGCGCCCACCUAGCGGUUCCCGCCGAUCCGCCGGAGUUGGCGGCGGCGGCGCCGCCGGGCGAUCCCGUCGCGGCCAUUGCGGUGGCGGCGGCGGCAAAGCAGGCUUCGGCGCCGCCGUCGCGGGCGGCGGCGGCGGCGGCGGCGGUCAGCCACAUGCUUAUGGGCUUGAUGGGCAGCCUGGAGUGGCCGAUUGAUCUGAGGGACCCACAGGCACCCAAGCAUCCUGGUACGGCAGCGUUGCUGGGCGAUCCGUACGCCAGGCCCGCUGGCGGCGGCUGUCAGCAGGACAACGCACCCUCCGCUGCCGUACACGUCCCUGCACAUGGGGCCCUCGGCGUCCAGGGACCAGUCCCCCCCCCUGCCGCCACCCGCCGGGUGGUCUUUGGAGAUGGCGACCUUUACAUAGAAGGGGAUGCCGGUGGUGGUGGUGGUGGCGGUGGUGGUGGCGGCCAGCUGCCGCCUUCCGGCUCCGGUCCUGGAAGUGGAAGUGGAACUGGCGCGGGCGCGGGCGCGGGUGCUCAAGCCGUAGCUGCCGCAACAGCAGCAGCAGCAGCAGUCCCCCGGCCUGAAUCUGAAUCCGGAUCUCGGGGCGCUAAGGAGGUGAUCCAGAUCCUGCAUGGGGAGCUGCAGCGGAGUUGUCCAGCGAUCGCCGCACUGGUAGCGCCCCUGGGGGCCAGUAGGGCGGCUGCGGACACUGCUGCUACUGCUGGUGGUAGUGGUGGCGGUGCCGCUGCUACUGCUGCUGGAGGGAAGGAGGGGGGCUCCCUGGCGUGGGACGGUCCAGCGGGGCUUCGUCCCACCUUGGAGCUGUGCGGCCCUGCCGUACGCCUGCACGACACAGAUGCGGACGGUGUCCAGGACCACCCGAUUUGCAUGCCGUACAUGGUUUCGGAGCUUGGUAAACGGCGGCGGCUUAGCCCGCACGUCGUGCUUCCCGUGAAGAGCCUGCUUGAGGAGCGGCUUCAGGCUGCUCCGCCGCCGCCGGUCGCCGGCGUGGGAGUCGGUGUUGGUGCGGGCGACAAGGUGUACAAUUUAGGCAGUCGGGAAUGGUUUCUGCAUUGCUUACGUCAGCAGCUACACCCGGAGUGUGAGAUCUUCGGCGGACCCGUGGGUCAGUCGGCCGGCCUGCAGCUGCACGCCACGGGUCGCCUGCACUGGCUGCCUGCAGCCGCGCAGCAGCAGGUCGUGGCGGAGGCCGCGGCGGCGGCGGCGGCGGCGCUGCAGACCCAGAGCAGCACAGAGGAUCUGGCAUCCGCGCUGCAUGACGCCGUACGCUCCGCGCUUCACCGCCGACGCAACGCCUCGGCGGUACAUGCCCCUGCAGGCGGCAGCGGGGAGGGUAGCGCGGGGAUUUCUCCUGUCGGCGCUGGUGCUUUGGACGCCGCCGCCGCAGCGCAGCUGGACCUGCUGUCCCCCACUUUAAUCGUCCGACCGGCAGACCCAAGAAUCGCUGCCGCGGCGGUGGCGGCAGGCACCGGCCUCGGCACCGCUGCCGCCGCCGCAGCGUUGGCCGCGCCGGCGAUGCCAGCGGCGGCCGCCAUGUACGGCGCCGCGAUCCCGCUGAGCCGUGCCGCCGCUGCUCUACCUGCCCUCCGGCCCGCAUUCCAUCAUCGACCCUUGCCGCGAAGCACGAUAAGCCAAGUAGUUCAAUUCAGCAUCGCCGCGGAGUCGCGGCGGCUUGCGGCCGCCGCCGCCGCCACCACCGCUGCUCCACGUACGGCAUCAAACCACCAGCGGCAGCAGCAGCAGCGACAUCCGGAAUGGGUGCUACCCGGUGUGCCCAUGGGCGACCCCUGGGAUAUCGCCGGGGUCGCAGCGGCACAAGGCUUCCUGGGCUUCAGCGGCGCUGGCGGAGCCGCCGCUGCUAGCCACGGCUCCUCCCCCGCCGCCGCCGCCGAUGACGGGCGCAGCGGCGGCAUUCUCACGCGGCGUAUGCUGCGGGCUGCGACGCGCGCGUCGUCGGCAGCAGCAGCGCCUGCUACCGUUUCCGGCAGGAGGAAUAGAGCAGCCGCAGCCGGCGGUAGGAUGGGGGCCUACGCGUGGCGACUGUGGGUAUCGGAAGGUUUGGGGCCAAUCUUCGGAGGCGGCGGCGGCGCUGCUGCCACCAGGAAUCGGUCGGAACCCUCUGACAGGGAGGGGAGGAGCAGCAAAAAGAGGAAAUCGUCCGGUCACAGUGACAACGAUGGGGACGGGGAGGUGGGAGUGGUGGCAGCGGCAGGGACGGGGGCAGCGGCAGCAGCUCUGACGACUGACGGCGACGGCAGCAGGACAGCAGCAGAGGUUUCCUUGCCGCCGCGGGUGGCGAUGCUGAUGGAGACGGCACGCAAGUCGGCGAUUCGGGAGGAUGUCGUGGCUCGUGCAGCGGCGCGGUUCGCUGCGUUGAUGCGCGGCGGGGCUGCAGCGGCGGCGGCGGCCGCGGCGAAGUCGAAUGGAGUUCAGGGUCAGGGGGCCAGCGGCGCGGUUAGCAAGGACUGGCGCCAUUCUGCCGCCACCGGGGGUGGCGGUGCGUAUGGCUGA